CUUCUACAUAGAGUAGCAACGUUACUUGGCAUCUGUUUAUACAUCCUGCCGUCCGCAUGCUAAAGCAAUUCAGAUAUUUGCAUCUGAUGCGAAUAUUUACAUGUAAUAUAUGAAUUGUCUAAGUUUAGUUAACGUUAUUAUUUUUUGUGGAUUUGAAUACCUUUAACCGCCUUCUUUGCUUUAUAGCCGGAACAUCGUGUACCGUCAACUUUUUUCACAUUUAUUAUUUUAAUGCUAAAUUUAAGGGUCAUAAUUUACAGCUUCCUAAUUUGAAAUGCUUAAUUUGGACCAAAUACUGGAGAGGCUUUAUAACAAGCAAAUUAUUGCGGAACCGGUUAUUGCGUACCUUUGUAGCUUGGCGAAGGAAGUAUUAAUACAAGAAAGUAACGUUGUACGUCUUUGUACUCCGAUCACUGUAGUUGGGGACAUUCAUGGCCAAUUCGAGGAUUUGUUAGAGAUAUUUCGUAUUGGAGGUCCUUGCCCGUUCACCAAUUAUAUAUUCCUGGGCGACUAUGUUGAUCGUGGAUAUUAUAGUGUAGAAACAAUCACUCUGCUUUUGUGUUUGAAACUCAGAUACCCAAAAAGAAUCACCCUGCUUAGAGGUAAUCAUGAAUCCAGAGGUAUUACGCAAACGUAUGGAUUUUACUCUGAAUGCCUUAGAAAAUAUGGAUCUGCCAAUGUUUGGAAGCAAAUCACAGACAUAUUUGAUUUCUUGACUCUUGCAGCUACUAUCGACGAUAGUAUUUUUUGUGUUCACGGAGGGCUUUCACCAAGCAUCCAACACAUUGAUCAAAUUGUUGUACUUGAUCGCUUUCGAGAGUUUCCUCAUGAAGGAGCUAUGGCUGAUUUGGUAUGGUCUGACCCAGAUCCAAGUAUCCAAGAGUUCUCUUUAUCUCCCAGGGGUGCAGGAUAUUCAUUUGGAGAAGUAAUUGUUUCCAAGUUUCUUCACGAAAAUAAUAUGGAUCAUAUUUUGCGAGCUCAUCAAUUGUGUAGCGAAGGAUAUCAGAUACUAUUUGAAAAGAAGCUAUCAACUGUUUGGUCAGCUCCUAAUUACUGCUACCGUUGUGCUAAUUUAGCUAGUAUCCUUCAAAUUGAUACCGACAAAUCUAGGUUUUUUAAUGUCUUCGAUGCGGCCCCGAACCAAGAGAACCCGUACGUUGAACCAACAGCGAAAGCAACAGAAUAUUUUCUCUAGGUUUACUGUUUUUGUAGAAUUGGAGCUUUUUACUGCCGUAUAGCAAAGGGGCUUAAAAAUUUACCGUGAAUUGUAUAAUAGGAUUACUUUCAUUUACUUACCGCUACAUUAUCAUUCCUUUCUUUCACCGAAUAACCAAUAAUCUCUUACUUUUACUAAUAAUUGUUUUUUUUUUUUUUGAUGUCUUUGUAAUUAUCACAUCAAU